CCGCGUUUCCCAGGACGCGUCUCUCCAGCUUCUCGCCGCCACCACCUCCGGCUCAUCCUCCUCACUCUCUCCUCACAGAAUGCGACAAUCGACAGCCGCAUCGUCGCGGCAAUCCACCGUGCAGAACCCUGCAAUGAAUGCCGCGGCACAGGCGCGCCUUCUCGAGAAAAAGAAAGAAUACGAAGCGGUGGCAGCCCUCGAACGUGCAAGCAUGCAGUUUGUCAAGCGGAUAGACGAACUGGGUGACGACUUCGAUGUGAUGGCCGAUGCAGGGAAAGUAUGCGGCCAAGUACUGGAGCAAUGGCCGAAUAUGUUCAGGAUCUUGGGAUUGUUCUUGUCGGCUCGUGAGCAGCACCAGGACGAUGCAACGGGCCAGGCCUCUGAAGGCUUAUCUGGUGAACGCCUCGUCAGGGUGCCCAUUGACGAGAUCCGGUCAUCCGAGGACAAGACGUGAUGCACUACGAAGCGCACGGACACAUGGUG